UUGUUCCUUUUGAAUCCAUCUUUUUCUCUCGUCUUGUCAAAUGGGCCACAUUUCACAUUCAUUGCGCUUAACUUUUCUUGAUCAUUUUCCACAUUGUUGUUGACAUAUUGGACAUUCAUUAAUUCCUUUUUCCACAAAUCACAUGGUAAUGUCUCAGAUUUUUAUCCACAUUUUGUCACCAUAAUAUUUGUUUUAACUCUCAGAUUCAGUUACUUCAACUUGAUAUUUGUUCUAAAUUUUAUCUAUACAGCUUCUAUAUCUGAUUAAAGUGAAUAUGGUUGAUGCCGCCUUUGUGUCGUUUGCAGUUCAAAAACUGGGUGAGUUCCUCAUACAGGAAGUUAACCUGCGUUUAAGUCUGAGAGAAGAUGUGAAGUGGCUCAGAAAUGAGUUACUUUUCAUGCAAUCUUUCCUCAAACAUGCAGAGGAAAAGCAAAGCGAAGACCAAAGAGUUCAACAAUGGGUGUUUGAGAUCAACUCUGUUGCUAAUGAUGCUGUUGCUAUACUCGAGACUUACAGCUUCGAGGCUAGUAAAGGCGAUGACGAUAGAAUUGCUAGACGUCUGAAGGCUUGCAUUUGCAUCUGUUGGAAGGAGACAAAAUUCUACCAAGUUGGCAAGGAGAUCCAAUCACUCAAGCAGCGAAUCAUGGAUAUCUCUCGCAAACGAGAGACUUAUGGUAUUAUAGAUAUAAAUAAUGCAGGAGAAGGACCAAGUAAUCGGUCAAACAACCAGUCUUCCCUGGCUAGAACAUUGAGGAGAACUACCUCAUAUGUAGAUGAUGAUCAGAUUUUUGUUGGCUUUCAGGAUGUUGUACAACGAUUUCUAGCUGAACUUCUCAAACCUGAUCCUCGUCGAAGUGCCAUCUCCAUUUAUGGUAUGGGCGGAUUAGGCAAGACAACUCUUGCGAGAAACCUAUACACCAGUCCUAACAUAGUUUCUAGCUUCCCAAUACGCGCUUGGAUAUGUGUUUCUCAAGAAUACAAUACCAUGGAUCUUCUUAGGAACAUCAUCAAAUCUAUCCAAGGACGGACCAAGGAAAAUCUAGAUAUGUUGGAAAAGAUGACUGAGACAGAUCUAGAAAGUUACCUCCGUGAUCUAUUAAAAGAACGCAAAUACCUUGUGGUGGUUGAUGAUGUAUGGCAUAGAGAAGCUUGGGAAAGUUUGAAAAGAGCGUUUCCAGAUAGCAAGGAUGGAAGCAGAGUUAUUAUUACCACACGCAAAGAGGAUGUCGCUGAAAGAGCAGACGACAAAGGUUAUGUCUAUAAACUCCGGUACCUAACCCAAGAGGAGAGUUGGGACCUCUUCUGCAAGAAACUGCUUGAUGUCCAAACAAUGGUUCCAGAAAUGGAAAGGUUAGCUAGAGGUAUGGUGGAUAAAUGUGGAGGCUUACCUCUUGCAAUUGUUGUAUUAAGCGGACUACUUUCACAUAAAAGGGGGCUAGAAGAAUGGCAAAAGGUGAAGGACCACCUUUGGAAGAUCAUUAAAGAUGACUCAAUUGAAAUCUCGUACAUACUAUCAAUGAGCUACAAUGACUUGCCAACUGUGCUCAAGCAGUGUUUUCUAUACUUUGGUAUUUUUCCAGAGGAUCGUGAGAUCCGCGCUGAUCAAAUCACGCAGUUGUGGAUGGCAGAGGGUUUCAUCCCAAGAGAAGAAGAAAGAAUGGAGGAUGUUGCUGAAGGUUUCUUGAAUGAGCUGAUAAGACGAAGCUUGAUACAAGUGGUAAGUACAUUUUGGGAAAAAGUUGUUAAAUGUAGGAUUCAUGAUCUACUUCGGGAUCUUGCCAUGCAAAAGGCAUUGGAGGUAAACUUUUUUGAUAUUUAUGAUCCAAGAAAGCAUUCCAUAUCCUCCUUUUGUCUCAGACAUGCCAUUCAUGGUCAAGCACAAAGGUACCUCUCACUAGAUCUUUUUAACUUGAAGUUAAGGUCAGUUCUGUUCUUUGAUCCCGACUUUCGCAAGCUAGGUCUUAUAAACUUCCGUAUUAAGUUCCAUCAUAUAUAUGUGUUGCAAUUGGAGAUUCAAUCUGGCACAAAACUACCUGAUUCCAUAGGGAGUUUGUACCACCUCAAGUUCUUAAGAUUGAAAGGCAUCCAUGAAUUUUCUUCCUCCAUUGGCAAUCUCAAGAAUUUACAGACGCUUCGUGUCUCCAAUGACCACGGACAGUUAUGCCAACUACCUCCCGAGACAGCUGACCUAAUAAAUCUAAGACAUUUAGUUGCUGAUUAUUCAAAACCUCUGAAGCAUAUAAGCAAACUCACAAGUCUUCAACUUCUUAGUGGCCUUUCUUGUGAUCAAUGGAGAGAUGUCAACCCUGUUGAUUUAGUCAAUCUUGGAGAAUUACGCAUGUUUGAUAUUGCCAAAACUUACUCCCUGAAUAACAUUGGCAACUUGAAACACCUUCACACUCUCUUCUUGGGUUGUAAAUAUAAAUCAUUCCCGCCCCUAGAAUUUCUUAAUUCUUGUCAAAUGCUCCACAAAUUGUGGUUAAAAGGGAGAAUAGAGAACCUGCCUCUGCCGGACACAUUUCCACAUUCCAUCACAAUGAUAAUCCUUUGGGACUCAAAACUCAUAGAAGAUCCGAUGCCUAUGUUGGGAAUGCUGCCAAACCUAAGGUAUCUCGAUUUAGUUGCAGCUUACGAAGGAAAGGAAAUUAGUUGCAGUGAUAACAACUUCGGUCAACUGGAGUUCCUUCGUCUUGAUAGUCUUUGGAACCUAGAAAGAUGGCAUUCAACCACAAGUGCCAUGCCUCUGAUUAAAGGUCUUGGUAUCCAUUACUGUCCACAGUUGAAUGAGAUUCCAAAGAAGAUGAAUGGCGUGGAGAAGUUGAAGAGAUGUGGUUUUUUAUUAUCGUAGAGGUAGUAUCAAACUUGGCCGUGAUACAAGAACUAUUAAUGAUAUCUUUGGCGGUUCGCUAAGCAAGACAUAUCGAGUUUAAUCUUUUGGUACAUAUCUCUUUAUCUAUGUUAUAGUCUAUAAAUUUUAUAUUGAAUAGCUUCAUAUGUUUUAAGCUUCCAAAUAACUUAUAAAGGAUUCAUAUAGGAGUAUGAGUAGUUGAUUAAUCGAUUCAUUGUUAUUAUUUUGAGUUCACGAUUUCUACUUUAUGAAAUAUUAAUAUUUUAGUGUGGAACUAUGGAACUCCUGGCGCCAUAAUGAAAAUAUGUCAAUUCAAUUUCAUUUUAGAGUAUUGUUCUACUUUCUAGCAUGUAGAUCUUAUUUUGCUACAUCUUUUUCCAAAUUAAUGAGUUUAGGACCACAACUAAGGUGUAAUUUGAUACUAUUUUAUCAUCUUUUUGAGCUAUUGUAAUUCAAUCUUUAGAUUAGACUGUGAGUCAAUUGUUCGCAUUGACUUAGUUUCAAAACAUUGGUUUAAUAGAUAGGAUUAUAGGAAGGGUAAUGGAUCAAGAAAGGUCACGGAUGAUUCUUAUGGGCAUAAUGGUUCUUUGGCUUGCUGCAACUUCUUGUGAACUUCUUAUUGGCUUUUCUCCCAAGGGUCAAUACUUUUAAACAAUUAGACAACGUACAAUUCUGAAAACAUUCUUCAUCCAUUGAUCUAUCUACAUCUAGCAUUAUGUAUUCUGCAAGCAAAAUGAUUAGUUUUAAAUUUAGCAUUUUUGUCAUUCCAAUGGAAUCAAGAUAAGACGCGAUUCUACACAUCCCUCUAUAUCUAGAAUUCUGGAAUUCUUUCUUAGGAUGUUGGAGGUUCGGUUGUGGUCCCCUCGAGUUGUACGUCAUAGAAAAUUCAAUGUAAUUUUAUCCUUGGCAACAUUGCUUUAUAGACGACCGUUACAUUUUCUUUAAACUAACAGAACUGAAAAUGAGAAUGUCUCUAAUUAUUUGA